AUGCCCUAUCUGAUAAACGUCCACGAAAUCUUCGUCAAGACCCAGUUUAAGCGGCUCUUCGGCAUCCACCGAACAGGCUACAGUUCCCAGCCCAAGACGAAGAUCGCAUUUUCUGACUUCCUUGUAGGCCAGCCUGUGCGCGAUCCUUCCGUGAGCACCACUCUACCUGUCUUUGGUGGCGGUGGCCUUACGACUCUUGGUGAUACCCUCUUGAUCGAGACGUUAGCCCACUUCAGCCGAGAGCGUAUUCCUGAACGGCUGCUGGUGCCUGGGGAGAUCGAAGUCACCAACCCUGAAAUCGCCCAAUUGACUUGUGCCAAGUUCCUUGAUACCGUUGGCAAGAAGACUCAGGUCCUUUUCCGACUGAGCACCACUGGCGGAGAAAAGGGAAGCGCCGAUACUGUUCGUGAUGUUCGAGGCUUCUCUGUCAAGUUCUACACAGAGGAGGGAAACUAUGAUAUCGUUGGGAACCACGUUCCUGUCUUCUUUGUUCGUGACCCUAUGCGAUUCCCCUCCCUUAACCGCAGCCACAAGCGACACCCUGCCACCAACCGACCUGAUGCGACUAUGUUCUGGGACUUUCACGCCAACCAACCUGAGAGCGUGCACACCUUGAUGCAUCUCUUCGGCAGCCGUGGUCUUCCUGACUCCAUCCGACGAGUGACAGGCUUCGGCAUCCAUACCUUUAAACUUGUAGACAGUUCCGGCCGCCCCCGAUACUGCAAAUUCCACUUCCGCCCCGAGACCGGUUCGACUACCUUUGCGUCCCCUGACGAAGCCGAGACAAAGGCGGGCUCCAACGCUGAUUACCACACUGAAGAUCUGUGGGACGCCAUUGCCCGUGGAGAAUACCCUGUGUGGAAGUUUUACGUCCAAAUCAUGGAGCCCGAAAGGGCCGAGACUUUCGGCCGAGCUUUGUUCGAUAUCACAAAGGUUUGGUCUCAUAAGGAGUUUCCUCUGAUUGAAGUCGGCAAGAUGACACUUAACAAGAACCCGGAUAACUACUUUGCAGAGAUUGAGCAAGCCGCCUUCUCACCCUCCAACUUGGUCCCAGGUAUCGCAAUGACACCUGAUCCCAUGUUGCAAGCUCGCAUGUUUGCUUACCCAGACGCCCAACGAUACCGACUUGGCUCCAACUACGCCCAGCUGACCCCCAACCGACCAAUUGCUCCCGUCUACGCACCCUACAUUCGCGAUGGCCUUACUGCUACUAAGAACUACGGUAGCGAUCCCAACUAUGUUCGAAGCACUCUCAGUCCGGGUGUCACCAGCCAAUCCAUUACUACUCAAAUCCAACACCACGAGCGCAUUGCUGCCAACGCUUUGCUCGGCCUGAACGAGAUUCCUGUUGACGAUGAAGAUUACGUGCAGCCUCGAGACCUGUGGAGGAAUGUCUUCGAUGAGGCUGAGAAGGGAAAGUUUGUGACAAAUGUGGUAGGAAGUAUGGCAGGCGUACCUACUCCUCUACGUGAGGCCGUCGUGGCUAUGUUCAGCAAGGUUGAUGGUGAGAUCGGCCAGCGAAUGAUGGCCAAAAUCAAGGAGGACUCAGUGCGUUUGUAA